UGUUUAAACCAAUGACAGGGGGAGGUGGGCGGGAUCGACCUAUAUAAGGAAGUGGACAGUAGUCAGGAAUCACAAGACAACAUGAAACACAGGAUCGUGAGUGUGACGGUCCGGGAUGUUCGAUUCCCGACGUCUCUGGAGCAGCAUGGCUCAGACGCAAUGCACACUGACCCGGACUAUUCAGCCGCUUAUGUUGUCAUCGACACGGACUGUGGCCUCCAGGGCUUCGGCUUCACGUUCACUUUGGGAAAAGGCACCGACAUUGUGGUGUGUGCUGUGCAGGCCCUGUCAGGACUGGUUGUUGGGAAAAGCUUGCAGGAGAUUGUGAGCGACUUCCGAGGGUUUUACCGCCUGCUGUCCAGUGACGGACAGAUGAGAUGGUUGGGACCAGAGAAAGGCGUGAUCCACCUCGCCACUGCUGCAGUUCUGAACGCUGUCUGGGACCUGUGGGCGAGGGUGGAGGGCAAGCCGCUGUGGAAACUCCUCGUUGACAUGGAUCCCGAGCAGAUCGUGUCAUGCAUCGACUUCAGAUACAUCACCGACGCUCUGACAGAGAAGGAGGCUCUGGAAAUACUGGUGAAGGCACAAGAGGGGAAGCAGCGGAGAGAGGAUCAGAUGCUGAGGGAGGGUUAUCCUGCGUACACCACCUCCUGCGCCUGGCUCGGAUACUCGGACCAGCAGCUCAAACAGCUCUGCACUGACGCACUUAAAAGCGGCUGGACCAAGUUUAAGGUGAAAGUCGGCGCCGAUCUUGAGGACGACAUCCGCAGGUGUCGACUCAUCCGGGAAAUGAUCGGACCAAACAACACGUUGAUGAUCGAUGCCAACCAGAGAUGGGAUGUGGGCGAGGCCAUCAGCUGGGUGACCAGCCUCUCUGAGUUCAAACCUCUUUGGAUCGAAGAGCCCACGUCUCCGGACGACAUCCUGGGUCACGCUACCAUCUCCAAGGCUUUGGCUCCACUCGGGAUCGGAGUGGCAACAGGGGAGCAGUGUCAUAACAGGGUGAUGUUUAAGCAGUUCCUCCAGGCGUCGGCUCUGCAGUUUGUCCAGAUCGACAGCUGUCGGCUGGGCAGCGUCAACGAAAACCUGGCUGUGCUGCUGAUGGCCCACAAGUUCCAGGUGCCCGUGUGUCCUCACGCCGGAGGAGUCGGCCUGUGUGAGCUCGUCCAGCAUCUGAUUCUCUUCGACUUCGUCUGUGUGUCUGCGAGUCUCGACAACCGGAUGUGUGAAUUCGUGGAUCACCUCCACGAACACUUCACCAGCCCUGUGGUGAUUCAGGAUGCCCACUACAUGCCCCCAAAGGAUCCGGGCUACUCCUGUGAGAUGCUGGACUCGUCCGUGCGGAAACACCAGUUCCCUGAAGGAGACGUGUGGAAGCUGCUGGCGAACAAAUGAGGAGUUUUAUCUCCAACGCGUCACCAGAGGCUCUUUUAGACGAAUAAUUAAACUCGUCUGAGUUGCAUUAUAGAAA